UAUAGGGCAUCAAUCUAGCACGACGAUGCAUCAUAUACAUACUUCGAUUGUAGUUUCGGUGAUACUCGCUCGAUACAUGAAAAUAUACAAGCAGUAAACUCAAUCGCUUCUUUCCGAUUAGAGUACGAUGCUUCUGUAGGUCCGUGGACGAUAAUGGGCAUGUCUGCCUGCUUUAGAUUACACACUACGCCCGAUAGACGUCGCCUGCCUAAUCUCCCACAAGGCAUCAACCCCAAAUCGGACAAGAUGAGGCGAGGCAUCAUCCCAUACAACAAUCCAAACAUCGAGAAAUAUCAACAGUAUCUCUUAUAACUCUCAUCUUUUAUUUUACAGUCCCCAAUCCCAACAUUCUUUUUCCAUUGACUGCAAUUGUCAUCCCCUAUCCCGCACACAUGUCAACUCCAGACGCGCCAGUCUUCUCCCCUUUCACGCGCCUCCCUGUCGAGCUUCAGCGCCAUGUGUCUAGCUACCUCGACUUCGAAUCCCUCAAAGCUCUUCGUCUUGUGCGCAAGGACGUUGCGUCGAGUGCCACGGACGCGCUGUUCCGCGUCGUGAAUCUCCUGCCCACGGAGCAGAGCCCGGAGAGAUUCAAUCAUGUGCUUGAGGAUGAGGACUUGAAGACGAGGGUUAGGAAGGUGACGGUCAACACCACCCUGACACCCUGGGCUCGACCCGGCUGGGACACCUCCAGGCCAGAAGAAGCCCGAGACAUCUACGACCCCGAUCUUAAGCCCUGGAAGAAAGCCCUCGCAAAGAUCGGCAGGUUCCCCAACGUCACGCACGCGGAGCUCAUGUUUUCAGUCGAGUGCACAGACGAUUCCGGAUACUAUGGAUACUGGUCCAAAGAAGUCGGCGACACGCAAGACUUCCGAGUCGCCGUGCUCGAGAAAUUCUUCAAAGCUUUGAACCGGGAAGAUUGCCCCGCUGCGACGGAGGGAAAACUAGACACGCUCACGCUUGUCAAUUUUCAGGACGGCACGUCUGAAGCCUUCCUCGAAUCGAACGAGGAUUUCAAGAGCGUGAGGGCAAGGAUCCGCAAAUUGCACUUACAGAUCGCGACAGAGACAGACGACGCAUCGCCCGAGAACAGCAUGUCGAUCAUCGGCCGGCACCACUUCUUCGGCAAUUACCUCCGCAAGUACUUCCUCGAGCCGAUGAGGGAGAACCUCACGCACCUCAGCAUCUUCGCGAACGACUACUGGGGUAUGUAUCCCCACUGCGACCUCACCGGUCUCAAGCUCCCGCGGCUGAAGUCGCUGGCGUUCGGCAACUGGUCGAUUGCGUAUGAGCAUCAGAUUGAGUGGGUGAUUGCGCACGGCGACACGCUGGAGGAGUUGGUGCUGGAUGAUUGUCCGAUCGUGCAUACAGCAAGAAUGGACGUCGCGAUCGCGGACAAUAGGUGGCCUGCGCCGCGCGGCGGGACGGGGAGAGGUGGUGACUUUGACAGUGACCGUUACAUGUUCCCUUCCAUGCGCUGGGGCGCGUUGUUCAGAAGGUUCCAGACGGAGUUGCUGAGGUUGAGGAGGUUUGCGAUUGGGCAUGGGAAUUGGGACAACGAUCGGGCGUUCGAAGAGAGAUAUGAGCUCCCGGCGAAGUUGGAGAAGACGAGAUAUAUUGUUUUUAACUAUGGGAUUGGACCCAGCGCGUGGUUGGAAUAUAGCGGGAGGAGUUGGGAGGACUAUGGGCAUUGGAGGGAUUGUGAGCAGAUUAGGGAACAUGAGGAAGAUACAAAAUAUCCAGAUCCGACUGGGGAGAAGGAACAGGGAGCUCUGGAUGAGUUGCUGCAAGGCUUGGGACGCUCAUGAGAAUGUGAAAAGCAUAUAUAUAGAUAAUUGCCCUAUAUGCUCAAUUGAUGUUGAUUGCUGCGAUAAUGAGCAUAUGUCAACGUCUGUAGCGCGUUCGAUUUUGGUUUUUGAGCAAUUUUUAUUAUUUGAUAGAUCAAACACGGACAGGAAGAUGAAGGCCUUCAGGAGCCAUGAUGGGACAAGCGUAAUUUUAUGCAUUGGGCGUACGCCAUUCAAGGCCUACUA